CAACCCUGAGGCAUAACACCCCAUUGCUCUACAAUGUCCCUUCCCUGUGUGUAUGGACUGGCUGUCAUAUUUAGUCUCGUGGGGGGCUGUCUUGGAUAUAGUAGUGGAGCGCCAUCUUUAGCCUGUACGUCCAUGUAUCCCCAGCACGGCCCGAGUCCCCAGGCAACAACGUCACCGUAUUCCAUAUCAGCGUCCGUAGCCACCUAUGAUACUGACGACACUAUAACAGUGACGGUGACAGGAACGUUCAAGGGAAUUUUUCUCCAAGCCCGGAGAGCGGGAACCACCACCAUAGUGGGUUCCUGGGGGACCCCUCCCCCGGGCACCAGACACCUCACCUGUCAGAACAUCGGCCAGAGCGCCAUUACCCACUCCAGCAGUACGGACAAGACUGACCUCAGCUUCCAGUGGACGGCGCCCAGUGACGGAGUCGGCGACAUAGAGUUUGUAGCCACGAUUGUGCAAGUAAAGGCCGUGUUUUGGACCGGAGUGAAGAGUUCGUCUCUAUCGCAACUGACGACCACAACCACCACAACUACCACAACUACCACCACCGUCACACCCAGCCCACAGACAGCUACCACAGCGCCAUCUACAGUGUCAACCUCCACAGUCAACACAACGUCGCUUACACCAUCAACAACCGCUGCGACGCCAACGACAACCGUUGCCAGCACUGUCACCAGUAGCGCGUCUGCAACUACGACUCUUGCAGGGGGUCGAAAUUCUGCUGCCUCUGUGGUUAAAAUGUUUCGGUUAUGUUCCUGGCUUUUCGUUUCAGUGGUGGCAGUUUUCUUUGAAAUUGUCAAGUGGUUAGACUGAUAUACAAGGAAAGAAGUAAUUGGAGUGAUGGGAUGAAGUUAUCUUAAAUAUGAAGAACUCACGCACACCAUUAAUAUCAUCUUAAUAAGCGCUGCACCAUAUACUUUGCACUCAGAAACAUAUUUAUUUUAUUUUAUAUAUCAUCUCGUUGUUUUAUUAACGCUGCAUCCGAAGUCAUUAAAUCUUACAUAAGGCACCAGGCGGUCUAACACGCGGUCGGAGAAUGACUGCACUGGAGGUAUGAAAUGUCAUAACAUCAUUUGCGAGGAAGCUUUAAUUAACGACUUAGACACGUAAUAAUUGCCAUUUGUAAUCGUGUCUGAUAUACCAGUUUUACGCAGGUGCAGGGAAGGGCAAAAAGGGUGGUUGCCAUCCUGUGGUAAUUAAUGUAAUUACAGCAUUGUUACUGUUCUUGCUCACGGAGAAGUUCUGAUCGGGAUAAGGAAAGGGCAACUUUGGUUUUUGCGAUUAUUAUUAUACGAUUAUUGCUGUUUUUAUCCUACCUCAGUAAUUUUUCUAUCUGUUAUAAAAUGUCAGCACUGUGCCUACUUUUGUCAAUUUAAAGUUUCUGACAUGUUGCACAGUGUCUUCUUUGUUUGGAUAUGUCGUCAGAAUUAGAGGUCAAAACAAGACAAAUCUUUUAGUUUAGAAAGUUGUAUAAAGCUAGUAUAGAAGAACACAGCCAAAUCAUUAGUUAAUCAAUAAAGUCGUCUUUUGAUUGUAGCUAUAGCCGUGUUUCACGGAUUGCGAGCAAUCCCAUGGAAACAUGACUUGGAAACCCUCCAAGUCCAGUUCUGCCAUUUUAAUCAAAAGAAUCCCGAUCAUGGCGGCUCUGUCUUGUGAUGUGGAAAACAUUUAGGUUUAUGACAGGUCUCGUUGUCCUUAGAUUACAUCAAUGUUUUUUUUUUAUACAUCAACACCAGGAAGUGAAAUCAAGAGCUACUAUGAAGUAUAUUUCUAUUCAGCCGUCAUAUCACAUGUACAUGUUGAACGUGAUGAUACAGAAAUAAAUUGUUUAUGAUGUAA